UUGCGCAACAGAAAGCCGGCCCCCGCCUCCUCCUCCUCCUCGCACACGUUGUUUUUCGUGACCAGACCGGACCAGACCAGACCUUCAUUCAACCAGCACUUGCUGAGACUGCAUCACUUCUUCCCCCCCGACGUUAUACACCGUUAGCCCCGGAGAGCAGCGAUGUUUUCCUGCAGAGCCGCCUGGCUAAAGUGUGGGCCUCUGGCGCGGAGAGCAGCCUACAGGUUGCCCCGGGAUGUUGUGCAGCGGAGACAGAUGUCAUCAGUUCCCGGUGGGUCUGGGGAGAACAUACUCUACGCCCUGCUGUGUGGUGGAGCCAUGGUUGCCUCUGUGUCAUAUGCAUACAGCACCGUGAGCUCAGACAGCGCCAGGUUCAACGAUCGCAUUACAGAAAUCAAUGCCAGACCCAAGACUGAGUGGGUACCUAAACCAUGGCCACCUAAGAGCCGGGACGAAGAAGAGGCUGGAGAGCAGGAGGAAGUGGCAGCCGAGGAGGCCGGUGGAGAGGCAGAGGUUGGCGAAGAGGAGGCGGCCGCUGAUGGCGAGGGAGAGACUGUGGCCGAGGCGGUCGCCGAAGCCGUCGAGGUCGCCGCCGAGGUGGUGGAGGAGGUUGCCGAGGAGGUUGCCGAGGCCGCGCACGAAGUGGAGACUGUCGCCGAAGAAGUGGCUCACAUAGCCGAAGCGGUCCGGGAGACCGCCCAGGCUGCUUCAGAACCAGCCGCCGCCGCCGAGGAGCCCGAAAGCAACGUUCCGCUGGCAGCUGCGUCUGCCCUAGAGGUACCAAAGAUCACUGAAGUAAAGGAAGAGUUGGCAACCGCUGUUGAAGACAUCGAUGAGUCCCUGGCUUCUAAGCAAGCAGAAGAGGCCCUUGCACCAGUAGAACCUGCACCCACAGAAGUGGUCCCUGCACCUGCUGAAGAAGCACCUGCACCAGCAGAAGACUCUGCUGCACCAAUGGAGGCUGCACCAGUUGUCGAAGAGGCCCCAGCACCGGUAGAGGUUGCACCAGCAGAAGAGGCCCCUGCACCGGUGGAGGAGGCCAUUGCACCACUAGAAGAAGCACCUGCACCAGUGGAGGCUACACCAGCAGAAGAGGCCCCAGCACCAAUGGAGGCUGCACCAGUUGUCGAAGAGGCCCCAGCACCAGUAGAUGUUGCACCAGUUGUGGAAGAGGCACCAGUAGAUGUUGCACCAGUUGUGGAAGAGGCACCAGUAGAUGUUGCACCAGUUGUGGAAGAGGCACCAGUAGAUGUUGCACCAGUUGUGGAAGAGGCACCAGUAGAUGUUGCACCAGUUGUGGAAGAGGCACCAGUAGAUGUUGCACCAGUUGUGGAAGAGGCACCAGUAGAUGUUGCACCAGUUGUGGAAGAGGCCAGCCCAGUAGAUGUUGCACCAGUGGUGGAAGAAGCCCCAGCACCAGUAGAUGUUGCACCAGUGGUGGAAGAAGCCCCAGCACCAGUAGAUGUUGCACCAGUUGUUGAAGAAGCCCCUGCACCAGUAGACGUUGCACCAGUUGUUGAAGAAGCCCCAGCACCAGUAGAGGCUGCGCCAGUGGUCGAGGAAGCUUUGGCGGCGCCAGUAGAACCUGAUGCUACCACAGCUCUUGCUGAAGAACCAGUCACCACCGCAGUUGCAGAAGAAGUUGCGGCAACCCCUGCUGCAGAAGCAGCUGCUGAGACCCUGGCAGAAGAUCCAAAGAGAGAGUACAUUGUAGUAGUUCUGGAAGGAACACCUAAAGCUGAUAAACGGCCCAAGGUGCUUGGAGUGGGCUCCAUGACUGGUAGAGUCAUCCCAGCUCCAGACGACAACGACACCCCUGCUUCUGAGUAAACUGCUCCCGAAUGAAGACUUUCUAUCCUGCAGAAGAUGGAUGUGCCUUUCUCCAACACUUUCCACUUACUCCCUUUUACCAAUUAAAAAAACGCAAGGGACUAAUACGUAGUUUCAGUGUACGAAUACACACAUACUGCACAGGGUUAAUUGACUGCUUUGUGGAGCCAUCAAACCGAUAUACGAGCCCAUUACUGUGACACUCCACACUGACUUCACUCUACAGUCCCAGAUGAGCCCAGUCGGUAGUUGAUCAGAUCUCUGGUAUGUCUUUAAUAGCUUCAAUAACAGUUUUUUUCUUACCGUCAGUGUUUACAGCCUCCGAAAACACUUUAUUGGAAUACCUUGAUACUCGUCCCAACAUGUUCUCACCUUGUUCCCCCAGUCUCUGUAAUGUGAAAAUCUUUAAAGAAGCAAGGGGGCGCUGUUUUUCCUUCAUCAGUAUUCUUUACAAUACCUAACCUCAGGUUGUUUUUUCUGCCGCUUCUCUUGGUGUUAAAAAAAAUCAACACCUGGAAAACGCCUGCUGCGCUAUUGUUAUUAAGAAACACACUGGCUCAGCGGCCCAUUGUACAGAAGCUACCUCACCGUUCCUUGGGUUUUCAGUCCUUAAAAAUGAAACUACAGACCUAUUCUUGACGCAGUCACACAGAUGUUACAGUACCUAAGCCAACAACACAGUUGCAUAGGCACCGACUUAAAUAAGCACAUCGUUAUUUUUUUCAAAAGCUGUCGUUUGAUCGACCAAACUCAUCUUGUAGGACUAAAUAAUACAGGCAUUUGUAAUACUUUUCUUCCCUUUUUUUAAAGGGUAAUUCAGCACUGCAAUCAGUUGAAGCAUGCCCAUUGUUUUAAAUGGCCGACCAUGCUCCAAAAGCAUUGGUCAAACUGCUUCGACGCCUUUACUCACCUUGUCUCUAUUUCGGAGCGUCAAAUAAGGACCCAGCAAACAAAACUUUUUUUUUUUCUUAACAACUGAUGCACCGUUUUCAGUGCGUGUGGGCCCAGAAACAUGGAGGGGAAACUGCUGCUGCUCUUCUCUUAUUGGGUUAAAACUCUUUUUGGGCACACCAAAGUUGGUGAUGUCACAAUGGGUGUUUUUCCCCGUGAUAGCUGUUGGAAACACCAGUUGUGACCUCAUUGACUGGGGUUGCUGCCAGAUAUGAAACAAACUUUUAAGUUUUGACCCAUAGAAAGCAGCAGAGUUCCUUUAGGUGAGUUUACUCCUCAAUUUUCUAGACAAUCUGAGGAUUAUAUAGUGAACGUAUGUAAUUUUAUGGACAUCUUCCUGAUAUUUAGCUGCAUUGUCUUUUAAACUUCUUGUAGCCUUUUUAACCACAUCUCCUCAGUCAUUGAUCUAGAUUCAAUAGGUAAAAUGUUUUUUUGUUUUUUUUACCUAGGCUGUGGUCCAGGAGAUGCAUUAGCAUCAUCAUGUUUUUCAACUCUUUGCUUUUCUUGUCUUUGUUCCAGCGGUCAGACCUGUGUGGACGUGUGAUUUAAAGGCUUUGCAGCAAGUAUGAACAGUAAUGUAUUCUGAUUAUGUGGGUGCUACAUGAAAUGUGUGCGGUUAUGGAAGUGUUGCGUAAUGUCUGAAGUAAAGUCUCCCGUGUGAAAUGCUUUGACAGCUCUUGUUGUGUUCCUCUCGUCUCUGACUUCCUCUUUCAGUUUGUCUCACCUCUACUAUUGAAGUUCUGACUGUAUUAGCUUGGUGUACAGUACUUGAACUGUGAUCACUUAGGGAAGAAUUGAACUGGACCGACUAAGUGUGUAUUUCUUUUUUUUUUUUUUUUUUU